AUGAUCUGUAAAUCUGGUGCAACUCAUAUUGUAUCGGUUGAUUUACACAGAAAAGAAAUUCAAUCCUUGUUGUUGAAUUAUAUCUGUAACAAUAUUCCGGAUUAUCGAAAUGCUGUGAUCGUCGCACAAAGUCCAGAAGUUAUGCGCAGAGCAUCGAGUUAUGCAGAAAGACUUAGAGUAAGUUUGGCAAUCAUACAUGGUGAAUUUAGUAGAUCAUUGGAUGUUGAACUACAUCUAUCACUUCUAAAUCGACAAGCUUCAAUAAUUAAAUUAACCUAUAUUUAA